GUCAGUCGAUAUUCAGCAUCGAAAUCCGGUCAGCAGAUUAACUUCUCUGGUGAAGAGUUGUUGUCCAAGAUGGCGGCUAUAAUAUCAAAACUAAAAAGCAGCACUUCUAGCAAUCCGCCGUCAUUGGAAAGCAACCCAAUAUUGCAGUACUUUGAAGUCGGGCAGGAAAGCAGCUGUGCUGGACCUGGACUGGUUUGGAGAGUUCAUGACGCGUAUAGGAAGAGCGACGGCAAGGAGUGCUCUGUGUUUGUUUUCGAUAAACGCAUAGCGGAUAAACUGUAUAAGCCGAAAAGGAAGGACAGCAUACUAGACCGGAUAAAAGCAUGCGUCAUAACUCUCGACAACAUGCGUCAUCCAAGAAUGCUCCAAAUCAUACAUUCGCUUGAAGAAAAUAACCACACCCUAGCAUUUGCGUCAGAAUGGGUGUUCGCCAGUCUUCAUAACAUCUUGGCGUGGCACGAGGCCACACCACCACCUCCCACCACGGGGUCACCGGUGAUUCCCCACCAAAUAAUACUGAGCCCCCCGACAGCCCAAGUGAUACAAACCUCGGCGCAGCAAAGACCGCCUUAUGCCAGAGAAUACCACUUCCUAGACAUCGAAUUGCGCUUUGGAUUGCUUCAGAUCAUAGAGGCACUGAACUACUUGCACUACACUGCAAGGCAGAUACAUCGGAACAUCUGCCCUCAGAUAAUCAUUGUUACCAAACGUGGGACUUGGAAGCUCUUUGGACUGGAAUUUGUCGAAAAUAUAAAUCAUGAUCCGCUGGACAUGAUCAGCGUGCCGCCGUGGUCCAUAAAGGUUGCGAAGAUAUGUCAACCGAACCUCGAUUAUUUGGCUCCCGAGGUGCAACUCAGCGGUCAUUGCAACAUCCUAUCUGAUAUGUUCUCAUUGGGACUGAUUAUUUGCGCUUUGUUCAAUAAUGGCAAGUCGCUGCUGCAGACAAACAACAAUCCCAUGCUGUAUCUGAGACAGAUUGAAUUUUUGGAUCAGCAAGUGAAUGAGGUGCUGCCUGACGUACCAUCCGGCUUGCAGGAAGCAGUCCAGCGUCUACUCUCACGGGACCCACAUCCUCGCCCGACCACUCAGCUGUUGCCGCUUAUAAACUUCUUUAAAUGCCAGAGUGAACCGGCAAUCCAGGCAAUGCAGUUCUUAGACGUCAUUACUAUCAAAGAUUUUGUACAGAAGGGCAACUACUACCGCGGACCUUUGUUAGAAGCUCUACCGUUUAUACCAAAGAAACUUCGAUGGCAGCUCAUCUGGCCAGCGAUACUGAUGGAAAUUAAAACACCUGAAGUGUUGGCGUCAGUCCUGAUACCAAUGAUGUGGAUAACGAACGAGGCGACCCCUGAGGAGUUUGAGGAGUUCAUUAUGCCAGCAUUGAAGAGCUUGGAAUUUCAAAAUCUCAUGAAUCAAACAAAAACGGUCCCAGCCGUUGUAACUUUUAUGGAAAACUUACAUAUUGUAAUGCGCAAAUGCUCUAUUGAAGAUAUCAAUAGAGAAAUUUUACCGCUAAUAUAUUAUGCCAUGGAUAACAGUAGCAGUCUGGUACAGACCUCAUCGUUAAUUGCAAUUCAGAAUACAGCAGACUUGCUGAGUGACAAAGUAUUGCAUUAUGUUAUUUUGGGCAAAGUCAAGACAUUAUUGGAAAGGAAUCAAAGCGAUGUGAAAGUGAUUAGUCUCAUUCUUGGUAUUUACGAGAAGGUGCUUACACGUCUUGAACGAAAUCAUAUUCUAGAGGCUGUUAUUCCGACACUACUAGCUAUGAGACUCAGUGACCCGGAUAUCAUAACCCGAGUUGUCAAGUUGUAUAAAUCUAUGCUGGUAGAGAAAAAAUUCGGAUUGACAACAAACGUUAUGGCUACGAAGAUGAUACCAUCGUUGGCCCCACAGACCGUUAACCCUACUUUGAGUAUUGAACAAUUUUCGAGCCUUAUGGAGAUUUUAUACGAUAUGCUGGAGAACAUUAAUAAGUAUCAGCGUGGAAAGUUGAAGUCAGAAAAUGUUGUGGCUCCCAGCCCUGAACGUAGGGCUCUACGCCACCAAACAAGCACUGAUAACGUGAACGCACCACCGUUUAACAUACCCAACUUGCGUGUCGAACAACGCAAGACAUCUAGCGCCGAAGACAUGGCCCGCAAGAAUUCAGUCACUGCACCCCCUCCUACUACUAGCGCAACUGGAAGUGCAACCGGUUUUAAGAGUACAGGUAUUGGACAGUGGUUCUUUGGAUCUAGCAAUUCGACAAACAAUGAUAGCAACUUUUUGCGCGUGGCAAGCGUAUUCCCGAACCGCCGCUUAUCCGAUAACACUUUGAUGACACCGAAAAUUAAAAUUGCUCCGUCAUGUGCGUCAUCCCCCGGUGGCACCCCUGGCAGUACAACUGGGUUGCCAACACGUCGUCAUUCUAGUAUUGGACCUCAGGAACGCCGUGGGUCUGCUGUGAACCUGUCACCACCGACAGGUGGAUCGAUGCCAAAUACUUCGUCCAGCGUCCCAUUCUUGCUGACAUCAUCAAUGCAGUCUAUUCGGUCUCGACGACCUUCAGCGUGCCUCAGCGGCUCCCAAGGCUCCAGCAUCUUGCAGCAGAUCAGCAGCGGCAUGGUAAGGCACUUGCCGGCAGGCUCCCAUUGCAAUGUACCGCACGCCCAACAACCCUGGGGGACGUUGCAGGGCGCCACGUCAGCCGGAUACAGCGCUUUGCGGCACACGGCGAUGGCAGUCAGGAAGUGCCCCUCACUUAAUAUCACACUAACGCGUUAAAUCGGUUUGGCCGUUCACUCGUAACCGACGAUAUGGCGCCCUACAUACCGAUCAGCAAUAUCGUCCGCGUACAAGUGGAAAGGCGAAGGCGUCGCACCAAUCGGCCAUCCGAAACCGUGCGGCGUUGCUAUUUUACCAACUUCUCAUUCAUUCUAUCAAUUAAUGAGUAUCUGUAGUUGCAGUAUCAGUGUUGUAAACGUCACGUCACAUUCUUAGUUUCAUUUAGCAUGGGAUGCUUGAACUAUUUUUCCUAGGUCAUUUUAAUUUACAUUGUAAGACUGAUUAUCAACAAUGUUUAGUUUAUUUACAAUUUUUUUUUAUUUGUUUCAAAAGUAUGUUGCUUUAGAAUGACGUGGAUAAGUAAGCUUUAAUUGGUAUAGUGUGGACACGUUUAUUUCCAUCAAAACAAAGUAUAAUGAAAUGUCCAAUUAUAUUAAAGUAUUAGAAAUUUUAAUAAAUUAAAAAUGUAUAAAAAUUUUAUCAAAGUAACGGUAUAUAGCCACCUGUUGGGUAUGGUGCUGUGAUAUGGUGUUGUUAUAUGCAUUAGAAAAUAUAUUUACAACAUCUUCUGUUAUAAAAUAUUCGUUUCUACAAUUAUAUAUACACUAUAUACACUAUAUAAAAUUCAAUAUAAAUUAACCUGUUAAUCUUCAAAAAAACCUGAUAAAUAAACUGUCAAUCAGAGGCUCCAAUAGCUAUGUAUAAACUUAAUAAUAAACCAUCACAAACUGUCUAUAUUACUUAUUAAAAUAUUUUUAUUUUAUUAAGAUGAGAAAAUAUUAAAUUACGUCAUCUAUUUUCUGAAUAUAAUUAUAACAGAAUUAAGAAAAUAAAUUUUAUUUAAAAUAUAAUAUGAUAGUAUAGUAACGUAAUAUAUAACAUUUUGACUUGUACUAAUGAUGAUGCCAUUAUCAUUAUUUACGUUUACGUUUUCAGUUAAUAAAGUCUGUUAUUUAUUUCACAUUCGACCAUCAUAACGAUUAUCAUCUACUUACAUUUUUUUUUUAUUUAAUAUCAUUUUAAAUAAUUAAGUGUGGAAAAACAAAAUAAAUUAUAACAUGCCUGUUCUAUACUUAAAGAUAUACUUUUAGCAGACACCACUCGCUUCCAUCCUUAUGUCGCCACAGGAUCGUAAAUUAACUUUAUCAUAGCGCUGUAAAUAUCGAAAUGUUAAGGUUCCUUCAAGAUUGCAUAAUUAAAACUGUCUAAGUUUUAAAAAAAUGUAAGUGGGUACGGUUUAAAACAUUAUGUAGAAACUCGCAUACCGAUCAGUAGUGCAGAGUAAAAAUGCUUUUAGUUUUGCCAUGUUCAGUGUUUACAGUAUUUCAACGAGGACAUUCUAUCAUAUUAGAAUCGUAGCAUCAUAGCAAGCCUCGGAGCGAGCGGGCGGAACCGCGCGAUUCGUCUCGCUAACCUCCAAAUUUACUAGCGUUACAUGGCUCGAGUUUAUAAUCAAACCUCAUUUUAUGUAUUUAAAUUAGUUGUCAAAUUAAGUUGUACUCAAAAUGAAAACCAUCGCAGCAGAACAUUUAGCACAUGUGGACUAAAAAAUAAUCGCAUUGUAUUGAAAUAUCGAUACGAGGCGAUCUACUAGCUUGAGCCAGCUAACGUUAAUAAAUCGAACCUCAGGUGAGGCGCGCUUGGGUUUUAAUCAGUUAUUAUGGUUGCUUCCAGCACCAGCUGUUUUCUGGACGUACGUAAGAAUUUGAUUAACGGGUUGGCGCUGAAGCGUGCGGCUUCCGUCGGCGCCUCGCUUCUACCGCGCUCGCUGCACUCAUUCUCCAUUAAAUACCAUCUAACACACCACAUCAUACACGCUUAGUGAACUCGCGAUCCCUCUGCAUGAACAUUAAAGUUCUGUUCAAGGUACCAUAGAUUCUCUCACUUGCAUUACCAACGCGACGGUACACACACAAGUUACGCUUAUGCACGAUGUUAACCACAUUUAUCUCAUACCUGAUAAUACUUGGGUGUAUUACGUUUGAGGAAAGAAAUCUUGAGGGAAUCGUUAUGUUUUAUUCACAUAUAUAUAUGUUUAUAUAUAUAUUAAUUCAUUUUUUUCAAACUUCCACAGCUCCAACAUAUUUCAUAUGUUCUAUGAAAAUUUAAGAAAUUUUAUACACAAUCGUGGAUGAAAUUUAUAUAUUUAUUGAUUCAUUAAAUAUAAAAUUUCGUAGACAUAUCUAUUAUUGAACAAUUGGACACGUCCCUGAAAAUUUUCUCAUUUAAAUAUUUAUACAUUCAAAAGAUAAAUGAAAUAUAAUUGGAAACUAGUUAUACUGUGAUUGUGAUUUAUUUUGGAAAGGGAUUAUAUGUAGAUGUAAUGGUACGUUGUAAGAAAUUCCACAAAGUGAGAAAUAUAUAUAUAAGUCAAAUAGAUUGGCAUUUGAUAAAGUCGUAAUUCUAUAAAUUUAUGAUGACCAUAAAAUUGUUUCAUAAUAUUAUUAUUAUUCUAAACCUACAAAAUAAAACUAUUGCCUUCGACAUUGCUAUACCUAUAUUAAUAUUAUCAGGAUGUGAAAAAUUAGUGUUCGUCGAAGAACGUCUAGGUCUUAUAUCGUGAAUUCGAAUGUGAUGUAGUUAGUCAUCCGAAGGAUAUACUUUCUAUCUAUAAGAUUUUUUUAUUUAUUGUAUUCAAAAUAUUUUAUUAUUAAAAUUUUCACUUUAUAAAUCUUUAAGGUGUCGGUGCCUCUAUAUUAUAAUUGUAUAUAAAUGGUAUGAAGUAAAUAUUUUGAAAGGCAACAUACAAUUUACAUUUAUUUUAACAAAUACUACUAUUUACUUUGGAUGUAUCAUCUUCUACGGGUUGUGCUGUUUGCUCACAGUUAGUUUUUAAACAUUUAUGUCCUUUAUGAGCAUCUUGUAAACCAAAUACUGUUAGAAACUUUUAUUAUAUCUAGUGGUUAGAAUUUACUCAAUCGUGCUACCUUGUGAUCUCUUUCUAUAAUGUCUUGAAUACGAUGAAUCCGAGGCGGGAAUAUUUCCAAAACUAUUAUUGUCGCUUCAACUUCUCGCCUUGAAGAUGGGUUCAUUGUAACUAAUUAUAAGUAGAACACUAUCGACUUUGAGCUUUAUCCUUUAUAGGUAUGGUAUUUCCUAACGUUUUUAUUUUAUAAAAAAAAAACUCAAUUUUAUAUUAUAUAUUGUAGGCAAUAUUGCAUUAGAUUAUACCUGACUGCUAUUUUCUCUACACAAUAUUUCUAUACGCUAUUCCAGUGUCCUUAGCAUCUAACUCUUCAAUGUAUUUUAAAUAUACUGAGGGUUAUUUACAUUACUAUUGAUAACUGCCAACAUUGGAUAUUGAUAUUCAAUCGGUAGUGUAAAGGAUCCUGCGGAUUUAGAUCCAUAAAAUACAUAUUUAUGAUUAAAAAUUAUUAAGGAAUAAAUCUAUUUAUCAAACUGCAUGUCGAUGUUAUUACAGUGUAAUUUUAAACAAUGAUGAUAUAUAUGAAAUCAAUUGUGAGUAGAUCUGGAGUUAUUAGUAAUACCUACACUAACCGAUGCAAUGUGUAUUUAUCUGUCGCAACUUUGCGUUCUAUAUAUAUAUCCUGAUAUAGAAUUACGCAGUCAAAACUGCUUAAGUAUUUAAAUUAAAAACGACACGUCUUCUAUAUUUAGCACUAUGAAUAUAUUUAUUACAAUGAUAAUCAAACUAAAUGUAUUAUGUCAAAAAAUAAUAUAAUUAUAAUACUAUUUUGAAUGUUUUCAACUCAUAGAUUUAUUUUGUUGUCACUUGCCGUUCGAUGUAUG